CAUAAAACAUAAUACCACGUGGACGGCGGAUAUACUAUUUUAUGCUUCGGUCUCCUUCUGAUGCACAUCUGCUUCUUGACGGAGGUGGCGGAACCCUUCUGCGCGAAAGAAGAACGGAACCCUAAUAAACUUCUGGUGGAGUGUAUUUCUUCUUCAGCAUCACCCAUUUUUAACAGUUUUUGUGGUUUUAGUUAAAUGGCUGAUGCUGAAAAUGCUGUAUCUUCAUCAAAGAAGAGGGUUGCAGGGAGGCAGAUCUCUAAAGAUAAUCCGGAGCUUGAUGAUGACACUUCGGAAUCAGAGAUGGGAACUUUCCAAAAGGCCAGUGAAGAAGUGCUGGCAACUAGGAGAAUUGUGAAAGUUCGACGUCAACAGCCUGUAUCAAGUGUUUCAUCAAAUCCUUUUGCUGGGAUCCGCUUGGUUUCCUCAACUGAACCAAAUGUAAAAGCAGUUGCUCAAGUUGAGCCUCAAAACCCUGCCGCCGACAUAACUGUUUUAGAAGAAUCGAACAGUGCUAGUGAUAAACACGGAGAACACAAUGAGAUUAAAAGUGGUGUUUUGUUUGAUGAGCCAAAUGGAGCAGGAAAGACCAAUAAUCAUUCAGAAUGCAAUACUGGUACAAGGGAAUCUACUAACAAUGAAAUAGUGAGCAACACUGCAGUGGAAGAAGUGUUUCAAUCAUUGGAACCUGCUGUAGGGGUAACAUACGACAAUAAUGGAGCUGAUGGACAAUUGAGGGGCGAUCUGGAUGACCAAAACACUGAAGAAGCUGAUGGCCAAGCUGUAGAAAAACCCAAGGACGUUUGUGAAGAAACCCAGAAGGAAGAUGGAAAAAUAUCUGGGAAGGAAGUUGCAGAAAUCGAAAAAAGGGAGGCAGAGGAAAAUGAUAUGAAAGAAUCGUCAGGCACUGCUUCAACUUUUAGUUCGUUUCAGCACCUGUCUAGCAGCCAAAAUGCCUUUACUAGCCUUUCGGGAACUGGCUUUGGAACUUCCUCAUUUUCCUUCGGGUCAGUAAAGGAGGGUUCUGUUUUUGGUUCCUUCAGUUUUGCGAGCUCUAACAAUGGAACUUCUUCCUUGCCCCUAUUUGGUUUUUCUGGGAUUGAUGCUGGUAAGACUGGAGCAGAUGGUGGACCUUCAUUGCAGGAGGUUGCUGUUGAGACAGGCGAGGAGAAUGAGAACUCAGUAUUUACUGCAGAUGCUACACUUUAUGAAUAUCUAGAUGGUUCUUGGAAAGAACGAGGAAGGGGUGAAAUUAAGGUGAAUACUUCUAUGUCAGGUGAGAAGGCAAGGCUUGUAAUGAGGGCUAGGGGUAAUUACAGAUUGAUUUUGAAUGCUAGCCUUUACCCAGACAUGACACUGGCCAAUAUGGAUAAGAAAGGCAUUACUUUUUCCUGUAUCAAUAUUGCUGGUGAAGGGCGGUCUGGUCUUACUACGUGUGCUCUGAAAUUUAAAGACAGUAGUUUUGUGGAGGAGUUCAGUGGUGUUGUGACCGAACAUAAGGGGAAAAAGGCUAUUGCGCUGAAGACACCUGAGAAUUCUCCAAAGGCUUCUGAUGAGCAGAGGGAAGAUUUUGUGUGAUAGUAGUUAAACUAUCAUAAAUUCAUUAGUAGACUCCUGCGAAGGUUUAAGCCAAUAUUAUCUGUCUUAUGCUUGAGCUAUUGGAUGCUGGAAUCCUUUUGAGUUUUCUUUCUGCAGUCAGUGUAUCAAUUAUUGUUCCACCUUUUUGCUGAUCUCUUAGUUUGCUGAACACUCUUAUUCAUUUGGCAACCUGGUCAUGUAUCAAUAGUUUUUCUUUUUUGUUCUUUCUCUGGUUUUGAUAAGCACUAUAUGUGUUGGAUCCAUGAUAUACAUUAAAACCAGAAAGUUAUCAAACCUUUCUUUUUCCGAA